UUUAGAUUACUUAAAUCUGCUUGGAUGCCAUUGUUUUCUCUUACCAUUCAUGUCAUUUUUUGGAUUUAUUUUCCUAGAUAUAAAGGGUAGGUGAAAAAAUGAGUGAAAAUUAAUUUUGGCAAUAUAUAUGGUUUUUCAACUUGAUGUGCUAAAUGCUAAUUAAAUAUGGAAUAAUCACUAAUUCAUCCAGAAUCUAUAAUCACAUCUAAAGUGCUACUUUUGUUGUACCAAAUUCUAUAUUGUCUUGUCUUUAUGUGAACCAUGGAAGUAUUAGUUACUUUACAGGCAUGAGUCAGAGCUUGUUCAAGAAAUUGUUGAGGAAGUACUGAAAAUUUUGAGAAAAUCAAACCAUAGAUUCUCAAGUGCAGCUAAGAAUUUUUUUGGAAUGAGUUCACGUCUCAAGGAAAUGAAUUUGCAUUUAGUUGAAGGGCAGUUGGAUGAUGUUCGUUUUGUGGGGAUUUGUUGUAUGGGUGGUAGAGGGAAGACAACAAUUGCUAGAGCUAUCUGUGCGCACCUAUCUUGUCAAUUUGAAGGUAGUUGCUUUCUUGCAAAUAUUAGAGAAGUUCAGGAGAAACACGGCUUAUUUCCUUUGCAGGAGCAACUUCUUUCUGAAAUCCUUACGGAAAGAAACGCAACAAUUUGGGAUGCUCAUAAUGGAACCUAUGAGAUCAUAAAAAAGCUGCAUCAUGGAAGGGUCCUUAUAGUUCUUGAUGAUGUAAAUCGAUUGGACCAGUUAAAAUCAUUAGCUAGUCUGCCUGAUUGGUUUGGCAGUGGAAGUACGAUCAUCAAAACAACUAGACACGAACAUUUGUUGCUGUGCCGUGGAGUACUAAAAAUAUACAAAGUAGAAGGAUUACAUCGUGAUCAAGCCCUUCAUCUCUUUUCCUUGAGAGCUUUUACAAGUGAUUAUCCUGCAGAUGACUAUCUGGAGCUAUCCAACCACUUUGUGAAUUAUGCUAAUGGCCUUCCAUUAGCUCUUGAUGUUCUUGGUUCCUUCUUAUUUGGUAGAUCUAUAAAUAAGUGGAAAAGUGCAUUGGAUAAGCUAAAGGAAAUUCCCAACAAAGAAAUUUUGGAUAAACUUUAUAUAAGUUUUGAUGGAUUAGAGGAAUUAGAGAAGAAAAUAUUCCUAGAUAUUGCUUGUUUUUCCAAAGGGGAGGAUAAAGAUUAUGUGAUUAAAGUAUUGGAAAGUUGUGGCUUUUGCCCAGAUAUUGGGAUAAGAGUUCUCCUUGACAAAUCUCGUGUAACCAUUUCAAAUGAUAGAAUAUGGAUGCAUGAUUUACUUCAAGAAAUGCGGCAAGAAAUUGUGCGACGAUCAUGCUAUGAAGAACUAGGAAAGCGAAGUAGAUUAUGGCUUUAUAAGGAUGUCUAUCAUAUCCUAUUGAAUAACUCGGGAACAAAACAAAUUGAAGGCAUCGUCCUAGAUUCUUGUGAACAAGAAGAUGAACAUCUAAGUGCUAAAGCCUUCAUGAAGAUGAAAAAGCUCAGGUUGCUUGUACUAAAAAUUUACACUUUCAUAGGACCUUGAGUAUCUUUCCAAUAAGUUAAGAUAUCUUGACUAGGAUAGGUAUCCUUUCAAAUCUCUUCCAUCUACUUUCUAGCCAAAUGAACUUGUUAAGAUGCAUAUGCACUAUAGUUGCAUCAAAGAAUUAUGGAAGGGAAUAAAAGUAUGUUCAUUCUUUCAUGUUUAUUUCUUUAAAUUCAUAGUAGAAUGUCCUUGUUGCUACAUGUUUGAGCUUCAAACAUUUUACUUUAAGUUAUAUAUGUCCUUACAGCCUUUGAAGACAUUGAAGGUGAUUGAUCUUAGUUACUUUGUUAACUUGAUCAAGACCAUGGAUUUUGAAAGGUGCCAAACCUUGAAAAGCUGAAUCUUGAAGGUUGCGUAAGGCUAUUUGAGCCGGUGAAGUUCAUGAAGAUUAUUGAUCUGAGUAACUCAGAAAAUUUAGUUAGGACACUGGACUUCAGAGAUGUCCCAAAUCUUGAGUUGAUUCUUAAAGGAUGUAUAAGACUGCAAGAAGUUCAUCAGUCUAUUGAAGUUCUGAAAAGGCACUGUCAAAACCUUAUAGCUCUUCCGACAAGCAUGUGUAAUUUGAAGUCCCUUAAUAUUCUUAUAACUUGAGAAACUGCCUGAGAUGGUAGGCGAUAUAACAUGUUUGGAAGAUUUUGAUGCAUCUGGAAUUGGUAUAAGAGAAAAAAAAAGUGAUUUACUUCUGCCUUCAUGGCUGAUGCCGUGGAACCAAAAAAUCCCAUUGCUUUGGCCUUCCCUUCUGUGACAACUUUUACCCUUUUUGAGAGAACUUAAAGUUACUGUAAAUUACCAGAAGGAGCAAUUCCCAGGGACAUUAGUGGCUUCCCCUCAUUGGAACAUCUAAAUCUAAAUGGAAAUGAUUUUGUAAGCUUGCCUUCAAGCAUCUGUCACCUUUCUCGACUUGAGUGUCUUGAGCUGUCUAGUUGCAAGAGGCUGCAGUCAUUGCCAGAUCUUCCAUUAAAAAUUCAAGAUAUGUAUUCGGGAAAUUGUACUUCUAUGGUAAGUCUUCCAGAUGUGUGUGAAGAGCACAACGUGAAGAGUUUUCUACUAGAGUUUCCAAAUUGCUCCAAAUUGAAUGAUUAUCAAGGGAAAAUCUGUAAUGCAUUUACAUGGCCGAAAAGUUACUUGCUUUCUUUUCUGAAAGUUAGACAGCUAAUGGGGAUACGAGAAAUUUGCCCAAGCCAGCAUCAGUUUGAAAAAAUUUGUCAUAAGGUCUCUCUCUCUCUGUUUUACUUUCCUUUUAACUUGAGGAAAAUUUUUGUGUACUAAAACAUUAUAGGUAAUAACUUCGGUGCGGAAAGGCAUUAAUUUACGAGACACUUGUUGUCACUCGCUGACUUCAGAAUGCACUUAUCUGGAAGUGAAAUUCCUGCAUGGUUCAGCUAUCAGAGUGUGAAGAGUCCAUUGUGAAAAGUGGUGGAACAUUACGGGUUUUGUUGUUUGUGUUGUCAUUUCUGGAGGCAUAUAACCCCAUCGACCAAUUUGUGAAUUUACAGUCUAACGUAAAAACAGGGAGCUCUGGAGCACCUCCUAUAAUGUCGAAGUCCCUGGAAAUACGUUUCAGUCAUCGGACCAUAUUUGCCUCUUUUGUUAACAAUGGCAUUAUGAGGAAUUUAGUCCAACUAAGUUGUUGCUAACUUUUGAGGAUUAUAAAACCAAGAAGUGCGGGAUACGCAUUGUACAUGAGAAAGAAAUAGAAUAGUUAAUCCAAUUCAACAAACCUCUAGAAAAUUUGGGUCUCUGUCAGUAUGUUGACGAAAAUGGUCCAAGCCAUGAAAGCAGUACUGUCAUCGGAGAGGAAGAAAACAUGGACCACGGGAAGAAAGCGUGGAGGAAGAGGAAGAUGAAUGUUUAUCAGCACUCGGUUACAGUACAGGCUGAGGUUCAUUUUCCAUCUCUCUGUAGUCUGCCGCAAAGUUACACCAAUGAUCCUACUUUGUCCCAUAAGAACUUGGGAUCAAUGAAAUGAAAAGGGUUGAUUUUUUU